UAUAUGUCCCUGCAAUGAAAGUUUAAGUAGCUUAGUGGUUGCUUAGGGGAUUGAUGAUAAAACCAGUCACUUAUGAGAAGCUUCCUGGAUGUUACUAGCUGUUGUACUCGUUGCUGGACAUUGAUGUUUCGAGAGCUCGGUCAGCUGGAGGCUUGGUGCCACGGCUGCGUUCUUUACGCGUUGAUUUUCAAGUGGUCUCUCCAAGGACCCUGAGUUGGGAGGUCUUUUGCUUAUCCUUACGCUGCAUUAAUUAUGGUGGAGGUGUUUUCAGGACGAAUACUCUUGAACAAGGAAGGUGACCACGUCGAACCAGAAGAAGCUCUUCGUAAUAAAGUUGUGGGACUGUAUUUUUCUGCCGGGUGGUGUCCACCCUGUCGGGACUUCACACCGCUACUUUGUGAUUUUUACACGGAAUUGGUGGAUGAGAGUGACCCUCCGGCGCAAUUCGAAAUAGUUUUUAUAUCCUCCGACAAGUCAGCAGAGGAUAUGGUUGAGUACUAUCAUGACAUGCAUGGAGACUGGCUCGCCCUGCCUUGGACUGACCAGUACAAACAUGAGCUAAAAAAGAGGUACAAUAUCACUGCUGUUCCCAAACUGGUGAUAGUUAAAGAGAACGGACAGGUGAUCACAGACAAAGGCAGAAAGCAAAUCCGAGACCAAGGACUGACCUGCUUCAGGAGCUGGCUGGAGGUUGCUGAGAUCUUCCAGAACUUUAAAUGUUGACCGCUGUGAAGAGCAUUUCUCCUGUACUGUGCGGCAAAGGGCUCGCGAAACUGUGAAUUUUGUACUUCUCUCUUUGGGAGGAGGGCUGUAGACAUGUUACUGUAACCGUAAGCAUUGAGACACCCCUUUGUGAAGAGGCUGGAAAAGUUUAAAACGUUCCUGAUGUUUUUGUUCAUUGUCUAAUAUGUAUUGCUGCUUUUGUGUAUUUAUUUUGUUCAUUUUCUUAGGAUAAAAGAUUGAUACAUGUUGCUGACUUUUCAGAGUACUGUUGUUUCUCUGUUACUUGGGAAAUUGCAGCUAUUGUUUAUAUAGGUGGUGCCGUCGUGGUGCUUCAGA